AUUUAACUAACCCGACUCGUGUAAACGUCCCUUUAGUUUCGCCGCAACAUCUUGAAUAUCGGAACACAGCUUUCAUCUGUCGAUUGACAUUACUUCCUGCCAACUGUCAACUUUGUCACAUAACAAUUUUUUAGGUUAUGAUGAAAAUUUUAAAGAAAAAUAAAUAACAGAAAUGGAAAACACCGUUUUAAGUAAUCAAAAAUUAAAGAAAAUAGAAAAGAAAUUGAAAAAACUGCAACAUAUUAUUCUGAAAGAAGUAGGAAUUGAAUGUUCUAUCGAUAAAACAAGUAAGAUAUUGGUAAUAGCUAACGCUGGUUUAAUAAACGGUUUAACAGAAGAAGUCGUAUACACCCAUUUUUCAAAGUACGGUGUACUAGAUAACAUCCUGUUAGUACCAGGAAAAUCUUGUAGUUUCAUUGAAUAUAACGACGUUUCUUCCGCUAAAUCAGCCUACGAAAAUUUCAACGGAUCACUAAAUAUCGCGCAAGACUCGAAACCAAUAUAUCUAUUAUAUGCUAAUAAUUUACCAGUGAUUAAAAUUAAUAAAUCUUGGAAUGAAUUGAUACCAGGUUUAAUAAUUAUAGAAAAUUUUAUUACGCAAGAAGAGGAAGAAGUUUUAUUAAAAUUAUGCAAUUUCGAUUCGAAUACUAAUAGUAUGAAGCAUAGAGAAGUAAAACAUUUUGGUUAUGAGUUCAGAUAUGAUAUAAAUAAUGUUGAUAAAGAUAAACCUCUAUUAAAUAAAAUUCCUGAUGAAUGUGAUUUUUGGAAACGGUUGGAGGAUACAGAUUUUAAUAGUUUCAAACCAGAUCAAUUAACUGUGAAUCAUUAUUUACCAGGACAGGGUAUUCCACAUCAUGUUGAUACACACAGUGCUUUCGAAGAUCCAAUUAUGUCUCUAUCUUUACAAAGUUCAAUAAUAAUGGAAUUUAAAAAAGAUAAUAAACAUGUUUAUAUCCUCUUACCUAAAAGAUCUUUAGCUAUAAUGUCAGGGGAAUGUCGAUAUGAUUGGACUCAUGGAAUAACUCCAAGAAAAUUAGACAUUAUUCUCACUAAAAAUGGUUUUACUUCACUAGAAAGAGGUACAAGAACUUCAUUUACUUUUAGAAAAGUCUUGCAAGGCCAAUGUUUUUGUAAUUACAAAUCAAAAUGUGAUUCUUUUAAUAAAGAAAUGGAGAAAACUAGAAUAGGAAAUGAUGAUGCAUCGAAUUUAGAAAAUGAACACGUUCAUAAAGUUUAUGAAAGCAUUGCUGGCCAUUUUGAUGAUACCAGGCAUAAAUGUUGGCCUAAUGUUGUUAAUUUUCUUGAGUCUUUUGAUACUGGGUCCAUUUUGGUUGAUGUUGGAUGCGGGAAUGGAAAGUAUUUAGGAAUAAAUAAAAAUAUUUUUGAUAUAGGCUGUGAUACGAGUUUUAACUUACUCGAAAUUUGCAAUAAAAGAGGAUUAGAAACGUUUAUUGCAAAUUGUUUAAAUUUACCAAUUAAAGAUAAUUCUGUUGACGGUGUAAUAAGCAUUGCUGUUAUUCAUCAUCUGGCAAACGAGGAUAGGCGAAUUGCUGCAAUCCAAGAAAUAACCCGCAUUUUAAAAGUAGGAGGCAGAGCCCUAAUAUACGUUUGGGCGAAAGACCAACACAAAGACCAACAAAAAACGACAUACAUAAAACAAGACCGAAAAAAUCGUAAAAAAGACGAAACGAUAAUAAAAAAUGGCGGAGAAGAAGAGAUACGUGUAAUGGAUAGAGUCAAACUACCUGUUCACGUCAAUAGAACCCAAUUUAAACACGACGAUUUACUUGUGCCUUGGAAGCUAAAAGGAGAAAAUACUAAUAAUACUUUUCUAAGGUUUUAUCACGUCUUUAAUGAACAUGAAUUGGAAGAUUUAUGUUUGAAGAAUAAAAAUGUUGAAGUUGUUAACAGUUAUUAUGAUCAAGGUAAUUGGUGUGUAAUUAUAAGAAAAAUAAACGAAUCGGUUGAUUAAAAAUGUUG